CUGAAGAAAUACUGUGAAGGCGUGAUCCCUCCCACCCGCAUAUACAAAUAUGAAGUUCUUCUGGAUAAUCCCAUUUUUCCUGCUGCAAGCUGAGGCAGAGCACAAGUACCUCCCAACCACCCUGGCCAGCACACACGCGGACGAGCACACAGCAGGCAACGUUACCCUUCCACUGGGCUUGGAACAGGAACAGCUGGAGGAGCUGCUCUGGUUCUUCCGCAGAGAAGACCCCUCAACAUGGAAUUAUUCCGUUCUUGCGCUUUCCCUCGCGACCAUGAUUUUGGGUCUUGUUCUUCUGACCAUUAACAUUGUGCGAAACAGGAAAAGGAAGAUCCUUGUGAAUGGAGAGGCAGCACAAACCACACAGGAGACUGACCUCGAUGCCAAGCAAGCCCUGAUGCCUGUGCAGGAAUACAGCCAGGUUCAGUCACUACAGCAGCAGCCAGGGCCCCAGGACCAGAGACCAGGGGAUGUGACGGUCCAGUGGAAGGACGGGACUGUCACGUCCCUGUACACAGUGAUGUCUGAGGAGGCCAUAUAGUGGCAGCUGGAAUCAGCCCAUUUAGACCUUAAGGAAGAUAUCAGAAUGUCUCAAUUCACAGACGUGCAAGUUUAAAAAUGCAGUUUAGCCUGGAGAAAGAAAAGGGUGAAAAAAGAAAGCAGCAGAGUUGCACCUGCAGGAGGGGCCCUGGGCUCAGCUCCUGCCUGGCUGGUGUUCCCCCACUGCUCUGGCUGCUUCUAGCCUUACCUCCAGUGCCAGCUUUGUCUCCUUCUUCAGGUACUGCAAACAGGUGGGACCUGAGCCAGGGAAGUAAGUGGGAAGCUUGGCCUGCAGUCAGCCAGGGAAAGCACCCUCACAUCCCAUCAGGAAAACAGCAACACCGAAGCUGAGACAUUUUUUUUUCUUCUUUUCAGAAUCAUCUUUAUUAAAAUACUUUCCAAAGUGGUUGAUCAAAAUGACAUAUUAAAUCUCUCUGUCAGUAAGGUCAUAUAUAUAUAUAUUUAUAUGGCUAUAUGUACAAAUAUACACAUGGAUAUUUUACUCUGCAAAGUAACUGCAACUCCAUGGAGAAGCAGAACAUUUAGUCUGAUAGAGCACCUGAAACCAAAUGUCCAGUCCUUGACCCUGGCUCAGGCACAGGUAGAGCCUGGUCUGCUCCACGAUUCCCUUUGUGUCCUCCACUGGACACGUGUAGAAGCCAUGACAUAAUUUAGGACAUUAUUGGAAAUAAUUUUAAACACAGACUUUGCAGACCAUGUCCUUGUCAGCAAAGAAUCUCUUUGCAAAGACUUUGGAAAGGGAUGCUAUAGUGUAAAAUAGUUGAGCAAAAAAGCAGCAAUUUUGGUGUGACUUAGCUUGAUGUGUGAGUAUCAGUUUCAGGCCACCUUAGGCCUUUAAGCAGCUGAAACAGUAUCUGCACCUUUUUUUAUCUGGAUUUAACAAAAAAUAAAAA